AGGGGCACUAACUGUAAAUUGUCUUGUCCCCAGCUUUGUGGCGUGAGCUUUAAAACGUUGACUCCCAGUGUCCCUCGACUACUUUCAACCAAUGUCGGGAUACAGGGAGACGUAGUCCAGAAAUACUAGCUCCUCCCUCAGUCCUAAGCACGUCCCACAAAGCACAGCUUGGUCACAUGACCCGUGGCGUCACCCACUGUUUAUUCCCUUACUGGGAGGGAAAGGGAAUUAGUAGGAUAGCGGCGACUGCAGGCUCAUCUUGAUCCGGAGCCAGGAGGCAAUUAUUAUGCGCUAUCCGUGGGAGUAGACUCACAGAGACACUGUCUGACGUGAUUUCAGGAAAAAUGAAGACAUGUACAUUCUGGUGUUUUUUCACCAUGUGCUUGGCUGCUUCUUUAGCCCAUCAGCAUGAUGAACACUAUGAGAAUGGGGAGCACAAUGCUGAGUACGACAAAAAGCUGUUCCUUGGAGGAGAGGAAGAAGCUGAAGAAUUCACUGAAUUAAGUUCAGAAGAUCAGCUAAAAAGGCUCAAGUUGAUUAUAAGGAGAAUCGAUACAGACUCAGAUGGAUAUCUAACAGAAGAGGAGCUGAGUUCUUGGAUUCAGAAAUCAUUCCGACACUAUAUAUUAGAAGAUACAAAAGAGCAUUUUGCUGAUAUUGACAAAGAUGGCGAUGGCAUUGUGACCUGGGAUGAAUACAAUAUGCACCUGUAUGACCGAAUUAUUGAUUACGAUGAAAACACUGUUCUUGAAGAUGAAGAAGAAGAAUCAUUCCGGCUGAUUCAUAUGAAAGACAAAAGGCGGUUUGACCAUGCAGACACAGAUAAGAUUCCUGGUUUGAAUCUAACAGAAUUUACAGAUUUUGAGCACCCAGAGGAAACUGAUCAUAUGUCGGAAUUUGUAAUUGAGGGAGCUUUGGAAGAACAUGACGAGGAUGGAGAUGGAUUUGUUAGCUUGGAAGAAUACCUUGGAGAUUAUACACAAGAUUCAGGUGCAGUGGAAAAUCCACACUGGUUAAUCGUUGAGAAAGACCGAUUUGUGAAUGAUUAUGAUAAGGAUGGUGAUGGCAGACUCAACCCUACGGAGCUCCUCUCUUGGAUUGUUCCAAAUAACUUGGGAAUAUCACAAGAAGAGGCGAAUCAUCUGAUGACAGAAAUGGAUAAAAACGAGGAUCAGCGAUUGAGCGAAGAGGAAAUUCUACAGAACAAGGAUAUAUUUUUAACCAGUGAAGCCACAGACUAUGGAAGGCAGCUUCAAGAUCAACAGUUUUACCACGACGAACUGUAGUUUAAUCGAAUUCAUAAUAAAUAGUUUUAUUGUUUUUUAUUUAUAGGAGAUCACAAUACACCUCAACUAGUUUGCUAGUUACUUUAAACACGUUUGAAGGUAGGAGCACACUGUUCUGUUCAAUAGAUGGGUUCUGAGUGCCAUUUAAAGCUUGGAAUAAGUGGUUCUCCAUCUUAGCAUUUUGACCAACUUUUGCGCACUGAAUGUGUUCUUCCUUGUUCGUACAGUCUUUGGUUUACGAGAUGUUGUUAAAGGGAUACUGUCAUGGGAAAACAUGUUUUUUUCAAAAUGCAUCAGUUAAUAGUGCUGCUCCAGCAGAAUUCUGCACUGAAAUCCAUUUCUCAAAAGAGCAAACAGAUUUUUUUAGAUUUAAUUUUUAAAUCUGACACGGGGCUAGACAUAUUGUCAGUUUCCCAGCUUCCCCCAGUCAUGUGACUUGUGCUCUGAUAAACUUCAGUCACUCUUUACUGCUGUACUACAAGUUGGAGUGAUAUCACCCCCCUCCCUUUUCCCCCCCAGCAGCCAAACAAAAGAACAAUGGGAAGGUAACCAGAUAGCAGCUCCCUAACACAAGAUAACAGCUGCCUGGUAGAUAUAAGAACAGCACUCAAUAGUAAAAGCAAGGUCCCACCGAGACAGUUACAUUAAGUAGAAGAAAUAACAGCCUGCCAGAAAGUAGUUCCAUUCUAAAGUGCUUGCACAAGUCACAUGACUGGGGCAGCUGGGAAACUGACAAAAUGUUCAAAAUUAUAAAGAAAAAAGUACCCCGUAGGUAACAACCUAAUCAGUAUCCAGCAUACGUUAAAUCUCUUAGGAUUUAAAUAAAUUAAUUAAAUAAGUAAGUUAAAAUGAAAAAAGUGCCCAAUCAAUUAGUGAAUUAAUUGAUCAACUACUUGAUUUUAGAAUAAUUCAUAAAUACUAUAAAGUGCCAAUUAGUGCAUAAUACCCAUUAAGUAGUUUAAUUAAUUAUCAUUCUCCAAUAAAUAACAAUUCAUGGUUGAAAUCAACCAAAAAAAGCUAAAAAGGAUAAAAAUGACAAAGUUCAUCAAAGGAGUGCAAUUAGCUGGGAAAAUUACUUGAAUUAAGUGAGGAUUAUUGAAAACACGAAAAAAAGGAUAUAUUAAAUUAAUCAAGUGCUAUUAUUUAUAUAAGUAGUGCUGGAAAUUAAAUUAAUUGAAAAGAUCCCAUUAGAUAAAAAAAUGACCACAAUUGGGUAGAAAUGAUACCAAUGCUACGGUCAGCAGAAAAGAGAGAGGAUAUAAUGAAAUAUAAGAAGGUGGAGUUGUCCCAAAACUAACUGCCUGUUGUUUUCUAAGUCUGGGACACCACAAAGAGGAAGGCAGGACAGGGUAACCGAGACUGUGGCCUUGGUAUAUUAACUUGCCCUGAUCUUAGAAAGACUAAGUUAACCCUGAUAAGCCACAAAUCACCGGCCCCUUAGAAUGGAAGGAAGAUUGUUUAAGAUAAAAGAAAGACCGUAGCAAUGAGGAUUAGAUCCAACCCCUGUAAAAGCACCAAGAUUCAAUAAUUAAAAUAUAGGAUUUGAGCGACUCGCCAACGCGUUUCGCUUAAUAGCUUUUUCAAGGUGAAAAAAAUGUCUAGCCCCAUGUCAGAUUUCAAAAUUGAAUAUAAAAAAUCUGUUUGCUCUUUUGAGAAAUGGAUUUCAGUGCAGAAUUCUGCUGGAGCAGCACUAUUAACUGAUGUGUUUUGAAAAACACAUCCACGGUGACACAAAGGAUGAUUGGACUAGAGUUUAUAACUAGUAGAGAGACAUUGACUGCCCUCAUUUUAACAUAAAUGGACUAUAUUUCCCAAUUCUACAAUUUGCCCUUUCUUUCUCUUUUAAAGACUGAUAUGGAAAACAUGACUGUGAGCAAAGAAUAACACUUUUCUGCGUAUCAGUAUAAGUGUGUACGAGCAUGUGUGCUAUAUUGCUUGAUUAGGAAAGCAGUUAGAAUUUGCAUAAAUGGAGAGAAUGUGUUUUGUUUAUACAAUUAAUUGUCAUUGUGACGUCUAUGGAAGCAAUUACUGGCUAUUUGGACUUUAGUGGAGAUCCCCAGCAAUAAGCAGUCUCUAAAUGCAGUUUCACCCACUUCUCUCAGUUAUUAGACAAAGGGGCAGAUUUAUCCAAGGUCGAAUUUCGAAGUUAUGUGAAUUUUCACAUAAUAAAUUUAAAUGUCUAAUAUUCGAUUGAAUACGAACGACCCAAAAAUUCCGAUAAAAUCUGAAUCAAAUUCAAAUCGAGUUUUCCUCCGAAUAAAAAGCUUGAAUGUCAGGAAGGCAAUUAACAUCUUCAAAUGGUUCAAGAGACUUCUGCCAUUGACUUCUACGGGAACUCGGUAGGUUUUAGGUGGCGAAUAAUCGAAUUAGAACUCUUUACAGGGUCGAGGUGUGAUAAAUCUCACAUUCAAAUUCGAUUUAAAAAUCAAAUUUGUGAGUUUUGACCAAAAAAUUUUUUAGAAAAUUCUAAUUUACCAUUCGAAUAAUAAUAAAUCUGCCCCAAAAUGUUCCUACAGUAACACAUAUACUCAAAGGAGUGGACGGCAAAGUUACUAUCUACACUUAAGUGAGUACACUUAUAUUUCCUCUAGAUCAGGGGUAGGGAACCUGCGGCUCUUCAUCCUGCUUGCUGACGCUCAGUCUUGCGGCUUUGCCUGUCAGGUCGUAUUUACAGCCCUCACACCUGCUGGUGGCUUCUUAAGUGCGCGACCGCGGUAAGCUAAUGGUCACACACUCAAGAAGCCGCCAGCAGGUGCGAGGGCUGUAUAGACAUCCCAGGAGUGGCAAGACUGAGCCACAGCAAGAUGAUUCCUCAUGGUCCUUACCGCGGUCACACACUCAAGACAAGAGAGAGACGAUCAGCAUGGAGCUUCAGAAACAGAAAUCACAUUAAACAGAUGAGAACACUAGCAUUUAAUAGGGCUAUUCAGUGUUUAAUUUAUUUCAAAGUAGCCCUGCAUAUACACAAUGCACUUCUGUUUGUUGUAUUCUGUUGUUGUAACAGUUAAAAUUAAAAAAAGGUUAAAAAAGUUUAUAAGCUGUGUUAUGUUUUGCGGCUCCAGACUAUUUUUCUUUAGUGGGAGAGGGGCAAAAUGGCUCUUUUGAUAGUAAAGGUUGCUGACCCCUGCUCUAGAUGUUUGCUUUUUAGGUUAGUCCUCUAAAAUGCAUCCGUAUUACCAUUUCCCACGAGCCUACUGAACCUUGGUUAUAAGAAGGUACAUAGGUAACAACCAAUAAUUUAAAAGAAAUCUCAUCUACUUUACUAAGUUUCAUUUUUAAGUUGUAAUCUGUCCUGUUACCUGUAAUUUUUAUCCUAACUUCUAUGAUUUAUUACCAUCUAUCACAAAUAAAAGAUU